GAACAUCUAUUAACUACUGACCACUGGCAGCCCACCCUUCCCACCCAUAUCCAUCAUACCUCUGGGCUCCAGAGAUAAAGCAGGUCUUGGAGCGCACCAUGAUUUCACCAUUCUUAGUCCUGGCCAUUGGCACCUGCCUUACCAACUCCUUAGUGCCAGAGAAAGAGAAAGACCCCAAGUACUGGAGAGACCAAGCUCAGCAGACCCUGAAAAAUGCCCUGAAGCUUCAGACUCUCAACACCAACGUGGCUAAGAAUGUCAUCAUGUUCCUUGGAGACGGGAUGGGCGUCUCCACGGUGACGGCGGCCCGCAUCCUCAAGGGUCAGCUCCACCACAGCCCGGGGGAGGAGACCAGGCUGGAGAUGGACAAGUUUCCCUACGUGGCCCUCUCCAAGACAUACAACACCAACGCUCAGGUCCCUGACAGCGCGGGCACCGCCACCGCCUAUUUGUGCGGGGUGAAGGCCAAUGAGGGCACCGUGGGAGUGAGCGCAGCGACCCAGCGCACUGAGUGCAACACCACUCAGGGCAACGAGGUCACCUCCAUCCUGCGUUGGGCCAAGGAAGCAGGGAAAUCCGUGGGCAUCGUGACCACUACGCGAGUGAACCACGCCACCCCCAGCGCCGCCUACGCCCACUCUGCUGACCGGGACUGGUACUCGGACAACGAGAUGCCCCCGGAGGCCCUGAGCCAGGGCUGCAAGGACAUCGCCUACCAGCUCAUGCACAACGUCAGGGACAUCGAGGUGAUCAUGGGGGGCGGCCGGAAGUACAUGUUCCCCAAGAAUAGAACCGAUGUGGAGUAUGAGAUGGACGAGAAGGCCAGGGGCACGAGGCUGGACGGCCUGAACCUCAUCGACAUCUGGAAGAGCUUCAAACCGAAACACAAGCACUCUCACUAUAUCUGGAACCGCACCGAACUCCUGGCCCUCGACCCCUACACCGUGGACUACCUCUUGGGUCUCUUUGAGCCAGGGGACAUGCAGUAUGAGCUCAACAGGAACAACGUGACUGACCCUUCACUCUCCGAGAUGGUGGAGAUGGCCAUCAAGAUCCUGAGCAAGAACCCCAAAGGCUUCUUCUUGCUGGUGGAAGGGGGAAGGAUUGACCACGGGCACCACGAGGGCAAAGCCAAGCAGGCACUGCACGAGGCGGUGGAGAUGGACCGGGCAAUCGGGCAGGCAGGCACCAUGACCUCCGUGGAAGACACGCUGACCGUUGUCACCGCUGACCACUCCCACGUCUUUACCUUUGGCGGGUACACCCCCCGUGGCAACUCUAUUUUUGGUCUGGCUCCCAUGGUGAGUGACACAGACAAGAAGCCUUUCACUUCCAUCCUGUACGGCAACGGGCCUGGCUACAAGGUGGUGGGUGGUGAGCGAGAGAAUGUCUCCAUGGUGGACUACGCUCACAACAACUACCAGGCACAGUCCGCCGUGCCCCUGCGCCACGAGACCCAUGGCGGGGAGGACGUAGCCGUCUUCGCCAAGGGCCCCAUGGCACACCUGCUGCACGGCGUCCACGAGCAGAACUACAUCCCCCACGUGAUGGCUUAUGCAGCCUGCAUCGGUGCCAACCGCGACCACUGUGCCUCUGCCAGCUUGUCAGGCAGCCCCUCCCCAGGUCCUCUGCUGUUCCUGCUGGCCCUGCUCCCCCUGGCCAUCCUGUUCUGA